AUGCCCACGAAAGGCCAAGAUCCGCGCGCCGCCGACGCCGCCGCCGCCGACCGUGCGGCCCAAAAGUCGCCUCCUCAUCCCGGGGACCCGCCACUCUUGCGAUUGGGUCACCCGGAAGGAAACCUCCUCCUACAAGAAGACCUCCUUGACGGAUCAGAGUACCGUGGCUACUCUGUAUUCUAUGCAUGGCUUCCCUAA